CCAAGGUUCAUUUGUUUAUCCAGGCGCAUUCGAGUGCCCCACUCAGAUCCACUCCUUCGGACAGAUGGCAUUCCGGUUCUUUGGCAAGUCUAUACUUUACGCCCUUCCGCUGGGCAUCACCUUCCUGGAUUGUGUGGGAUAUGUGGCCAGGGUGGAUGGCAUCUCCAUGCAACCCGCGCUCAAUCCGGUCCCGGAUGAAAAGGACUACGUUUUCCUCCUCCGAUGGGGAACCCAUAACAGCCAGGUGGAGCGCGGCGACAUAAUAUCGCUCAUCUCGCCCAAGGAUCCUGCUCAAAAGAUUAUCAAACGCGUGGUGGGACUGCAGGGCGAUGUGGUAUCUACGCUGGGCUACAAGCACGAGAUCGUCCGCGUUCCCGAGGGUCAUUGUUGGGUGGAGGGCGACCACACGGGUCACUCCAUGGACAGCAAUAGUUUCGGACCCGUCGCACUCGGCUUGAUGUCAGCGCGCGCUGUGGCCAUUGUCUGGCCCCCCGGAUCGCUGGCGGGUUCUGGAGAAUGAGCUGCCGCGCCGAAGGAGACCCAUCCAGGCCUCCAAGAACACCAGCAACUACUACAACUAGACUGACCACCCGGCGAAGAGUCUGCGCCCAUGAUAGUUCCAAUUGUGUACAUAGUUACAGAAAUACGCGUAUAUUUUAUAAUCAAUUGUUGUGUUUCCGCAUGCGAGGCAAUGUAGGAUGUUCUAAAUUUAAAAUAAAAGUUAAAAACCAAAGAAA